AUGGGUGGGAUGAAGGUGGCUUGGCUCAGGCACUGGGAUGGUGUGACCAGGCCUCCCAAAGUCAGCGCAUUGCUUCUUGCCCUGGAGCAGGGCAGCGGCACCAGCAGAGGUUUGGGGCAUGGCUACUGGGCUGCCCCUCGGCAUUCCAAGGGGUACAGUCUGCCAGGGAACCUCCCAGGUUUGGGCCCAACGGCACUCGUGCAUCCUGCCCUGGGGCUGCCCUGCACCUUCGGAAACAGCGUGGCAGGUCAGGAUGCAGGCCAAGGCUCUGGAGGGGCCACCCAGGGGACCGCAUGGGGCUGGAAUCGGAGAGCCGGAGAGAGCCCUGGCCAGGUGUCGGAGCUGGACAGGACUCAGCUGAGCCAGGACCUGGGUGGGGGCACCCUGGCCAUUGACAAACUGCCGGACAACGGGACCAGGGUGGUGGAGGACAACCACAGCUACUAUAUGUCUCGUCUGUAUGGCCCCAGCGAGCCCCGCAGCCAGGAGCUGUGGGUAGAUGUGACCAAGGCCAACCAGAGCCAAGUGAAAGUUCACAGAAUCCUCUCCAACACCCACCGGCAGGCUUCGAGAGUGGUCUUGUCCUUUGAUUUCCCUUUCUACGGGCAUCCUCUGCGGCAGAUCACCAUAGCAACCGGAGGCUUCAUCUUCAUGGGUGACGUGGUCCAUCGGAUGCUCACAGCUACUCAGUACGUGGCCCCUCUGAUGGCCAACUUCAACCCUGGCUACUCUGACAACUCCACAGUUGCUUAUUUUGACAAUGGGACAGUCUUUGUUGUUCAGUGGGACCACGUCUACCUCCAGGGUCGGGAGGACAGGGGCAGCUUCACCUUCCAGGCAGCUCUGCACCAAGACGGCCGCAUUGUCUUUGGCUACAAAGAGAUCCCUAUACCCGUCCUGGAAAUCAGCUCGUCCCAGCACCCUGUCAAAGCAGGCCUGUCAGAUGCCUUCAUGAUUCUCAAUCCAUCCCCUGAUGUACCAGAAUCUCGGAGGAGGACCAUCUUUGAAUACCACCGUGUGGAGCUGGACCCCAGCAAGGUCACCAGCACAUCUGCCGUGGAGUUCACCCCAUUGCCAACCUGCCUACAGCAUCGGAGCUGCGACGCCUGCAUGUCCUCAGACCUGACCUUCAACUGCAGCUGGUGCCACGUCCUCCAGAGAUGUUCCAGUGGCUUUGACCGCUACCGCCAGGAGUGGCUGGCCUACGGCUGUGCCCAGGAGGCAGAAGGCAGAACAUGUGAGGACUUCCAGGAUGAGGACUCCUACUCGUCCUCCCCCGACAGCUCCUUCAGCCCCUUUGACGCAGACCUCACCACCACCUCCUCCUCCCUCUUCAUUGACAGCCUCACCACGGAAGGCCUUCAGAACAACCUGGCCCCCAAGACGACAGGGUCCCCUGUGCACCUGGGCACCAUCGUGGGCAUUGUGCUGGCCGUCCUCCUUGUGGCUUCCAUCAUCCUGGCUGGGAUCUACAUCAAUGGUCACCCCACCUCCAAUGCUGCCCUCUUCUUCAUCGAGCGGAGACCUCACCACUGGCCGGCCAUGAAGUUCCGCAACCACCCCAGUCACUCCACCUACACAGAGGUUGAGCCCUCAGGCCAGGAGAAGGAGGGCUUCGUGGAGGCGGAGCAGUGCUGAGAACGCCAGGUCUCCCUUGGAAGGGUACAAAGGAAGACCCGGGGACCUCAAAACACACGAGUCAAAGCAAAGCAGAGAAAUGACUUUUCUUGGCCUCCUCUGAACACACCCUGGCUGGGAAAACGAGCCCGUGGCCUGCAGUGCCAGCGCUACAGUUUGGCCAUCACACCCCAGAUAUUGAAGCAGGGGCGGAAAAGCCACAAUAACCAGUAACAAUCACCUGUGCCAGGGGUCUCCCCUUCUGAGUCUCUCCAUGGUCUACUCCGGAGCUGCCUCAGAGGUCCCUUCCCACCUGGAGGUGGACAGAUGCCCUGCUCCCAUCACCUAAUACCCGUGUGUACGACAAAGAGAAGCAGGCCCUCGAUUGUAGCCGCCGCAUUCCAGGGUCCAUAGACUCAAGAGCAGGUCCUCAUGGCUAUGGAUUCAGAGUAUUUUGCCCCAGCUUCUGUGGUCUAGAAGUCUGGAGAAGGACUUCUCACCAUCUGUUACACACAGGUAUGGCUGCUCCCAGCGCUUUCAGCAAGACACUGAUUGGCAUGCUGGCAUCCGAAGAAACCCAAAGGAGAAAAGAGAGAACUUGUGGGCAGAUUGCGUUUUUAGGCUUCGCUUCCCCAACUUGCCCUAUCUGCUGAGAAUCAGUUAGUUUCUGCAUUGAACACGUGUGUGGCCCAUGUCACGGGCUUCAUCCAACGGCAGCCCAGCCCACCAGGUGAGCCGUGCUGUGCGCGGCCACAUCCAUCAGGUGGGCUCUUCAUUCCAGGGGCACGUUUGGGGGUCCAUUGUCUUCAUUGGCCUGGUUUUCCAUCAGUGCCAGUCAGUACCUCCAAAGGCAGGGCCUGCCUGAUCAAUACUUUGCCUCCUCUGAGCUGGAAUUUUAUAGCCAUUAAAGAGAUAUAAGGUGGGGAGAAGCUUCUUGAAACAUACCCAACAGGGAACUUCAGUUAGAUUCUGUUGAAAAGCAAAACCUCUAGGACAAUUGGGACAGGGGAAGCUGGUGCAGGAAAGAAGGACUUUAUAUCUGCCGGAAUUUCUUGGGGCAGAGAGUUUAGGCUCCCAAACCUAAUCUGGUUUUUAAGUGAGUUCUGUCCUGGACAUGAGUUGGUGUUGCUUCUGAAGAGCAUUUCAAAUGAAAACCUAUAGUUCACCCUCAUUCAAAGUAAAAAAAAAAAAUAUCAGCAGCAAAUAAACAUUAAAUCACAGGCUCCA